GUCUUCUGUGUUGAGUGAAAACAGCAGGACAGGUAAGGCAGGUAGGGAGGUGUCAGGUGUCAUUGUUGACUCGAGGCUUGGCGGAGUCGAUCCGGAAAGAUUCAAAUGGCACUAUUUUUCUGUUAACCUAUAUUUUAACAUAGGCUACUUCAAAUAUUCAGCAAAAGUGGGGGAAAACAGAGCGCCAUGGCUCCCAAGUAUGAAGGCUUGUCCCACUGUAAGCUGGCCCUGGUGUUUGCUGUGCUGAUGGAUCUGCUGGGUGUGACAUCCCUGCUGCUGGGGGUCUUUGCUCCACUGGAGAUCAGGGGGCAGGAUUUUGGAGACCUGCUGGUGUACUCAGGAGCCCUGCUGGUGCUGCUGUCCCUGGGAGGCUGGGUCAUGUGGUACAGUGGAAACAUCGAGGGUCUGACUUCUAGAAAGGAGUUGGGAGGAACUGUAGGUGGAGCUGUGGACCGCCUUGCCCGCUCCCUGAGCCGCAGGAUACGGAUCCCCAGGAGUCACAGCAGCCCAUCAUAGGGACUCAAGACCAAAGAAGCAAGAUAAGGCUGCCUUUACAGGAGUGGCUGUCAUUUACCACUGGAGCACGCAAAACUGCCUGGGGCAAAGGAGUGUCAGCCCUGACAUUCACUCUCUUCAUAACAGCACCACUAUUGUGGAGCUGCUUGUUCACAUGAGAACACUGUCAGUGCCAUUCAACGUGUUUUCACAGUCAGACACAAGAUAUUUUGUAUUUGACUUGGGACACAAAUGUUGUUCAAAUUUGGCAGUAUAACAAGCACAUUAUGUAUAACAUAUGAGGAUUAAAGAGGUUUAUCUGCGUUAUAAUAUUGUGUUGGGAGAUUUUAAGAUUUAUUCAGUUAACUGCUGUUAAUGUGUGUUUGUAGUGCUGUCACA